AUGUUCUACGAUUACAAAGAGCUUUACUCCAGACCGACCGUCACCGCUGACUCCCAGAUCCCAGAAAACCUCCUGAACCUGUCUCACUGUUUCGGCUACGACUGUGGACGCAGGGCCAACCUGCUGCUGCUGGACGAACACACCCUGGCCUUCGUGGCUGGAAACCUGCUGGUCCUGCUGGACAUUCCCUCCAAAACGCAGAGGUACCUCCGGUCCUGCAGCGGCCGAGGAAUCGGAGCUAUCACGACUCCUCCCAGUAGGCGGUACUUGGCAGUAGCAGAGAAGGGGAACCGACCCAACAUCAUCAUCUACCAGUAUCCGUCAUUACGUCCGUACCGCAUCCUCAGAGGCGGGACGCAGCGGGCCUACAGCUGCCUGGACUUCAGCGGUGACGGCGGGCUCCUGGCCAGUGUGGGCGGAGCUCCAGACUACAUGUUGACCCUGUGGGACUGGAGGCAGGAGGAGGUGAACCUGAGCUGUAAGGCCGUCUCCCAGGAGGUGUUCAGGGUCACCUUCUCCCCACACGACCCCGGGACGCUCACGUCGUCUGGAUCUGGACACAUCAAGUUCUGGAAAAUGGCCAGUUCCUUCACAGGACUCAAACUGCAAGGCCUCAUGGGACAUUUUGGGAAAACCACAGCCACAGAUAUUGAAGGCUACGUGGAGCUCCCAGAUGGAAAGGUGGUCUCCGGCUCCGACUGGGGAAACCUGCUGCUGUGGGAGGGAAACGCCAUCAAAGUGGAGAUCUGCCGCAAGGAGGGGCGGAGCUGCCACGCUGGGACCGCCCUGCCCUUCGCCCUGGAGGAGGGUCAGCUGAUGAGCAUGGGCUCGGACGGCGCCGUCCGGGGCUGGGACCUGGACGACAUCGACGCUGCUGACGUCCAGAACAGCAGCAGCAGCGGCAGGUUUGAGAUGGAGCCCAUGAACGAGCUGAUCAUUGGACACAACGUCAGCCUGGUGUCGGCGGUGAAGAGCUGCCUGGCCGACACCUUCAUCUGGUUCGCUCAGGAUUCCAGUGGAGGCAUCUGGAAACUGGAUCUGUCCUUCACCAACACUUCUGCAGAUCCACAGUGUCUGUUCUCCUUCCACUCUGGAGCUGUUCAGGGCAUGGACGUGUCCAGGAGGAGCCACCUGAUGGCCACCACGCCCUGGACCGUUCAGUCAGAGUCUUUGACUUUCUGGCAAAAAAAGAGACUGCAGCCGCUUCAACCAGGGAGGGACCACUCUGAGAUGGGCCCCGCCUCCGGUGAACCCAGUGGGGGUUUACUGGUGGCCGGUUUCGAGGACGGUGUCGUUCGCCUCCUGCAGCUCCAAGACCUUCACAAGCUGAACGUGGUCACUGGGAGGAGCCGCAAAGGAGAGGCGGAGUUAUGCCUCAACCAGGCCUUCAAACCCCAUAAUGCACCUGUGACCGCUGUGGCCUAUGAGAGGAAUGGACAGAUGUUAGCAACCGGGAGCUCAGACUGCACCGUGUUCUUCUUCACCGUCGGUGAAUACGAGCCCGUCGGCUUCAUCCGGGUCCCGGGGCCGGUCCAGGGUCUAGAGUGGUCCCCUCAGGCCCAUCUGUGGAGUUCAGUCAGCCGGUCCGCUCUGUUUCACACACGUGAAUGUUUGAGUCCUCAGGUGGAAAACACGUGCGUCCUCUGUGCCAGCGGUCACGUGGUUGAGGUCCAGAGUCCGGAUCCCAAGACCCAGCCCAAACAAAACCUUUGA